AUGCUAACCUUUUCCACACAGCCCUACCACUGUCACGGCUCCUGCCAGCUCUGGCCCAGAACACCACACUUACCAGUUUCCACCACCUCGGGCCACAGCGACACCUUAUCCUGCCUUGUCCACAUCCACCGCCCCAGCUUUCUCCUCCCAACCACCAGUCCAUGGUGCACGCCAAGACUCCAUCUUUCCGCGCUUCGACUCCCAAAAAGAACCGCAGCCCAGCACCACUUCCUCCUCCUCCUCCUCCUCCCAUCCCUCCUUUUUUCCAGCUCAUCCAAGGCCAAGCGACAGUCACGUUGUGACGAGCUCACGACCCAACUCCAGUCCUACCACCAUCACCUCGCCCCUUUCUGCGUCCACCCAGGCCCAUGCGAUCCAGAGUCAUUCGCAUCCCAGAGCUCCCACUUCAAGGCUGUAGAGCAGCUUCCCGGUCCAGUCGCUGCGCCAUCCCACUCCGAGUCUCGGACUAUGCAAGAGCUUGCUGUGACCGAGCAACAGGGCAAUACGCAAACUCGGCAGCAGCGUUUCAACGUUCGAUUUGCCUCGAGCAACAACUACAGUCCAACCACCUUCGCCAUGGCACCCGCCCCAAAACCUAGGUCCAGUCCUCCCGUCAUGCCCGUUUGUCCGGCUUCGCCUGUAGAAACGGUCGAGUCGCCCAAAUCCGUUCCGGAACAGCAGCCAGUUACGACGUCUGUGGAACAGUCGAAAAUCACCAGAAACGACAUUCGGAAUAUGACGGACCCCGCCCAAGAGUUGUCUCGUCAGUCGCGCAGAAGCCCGUCGGUCGAGCGAUGCUUGGGUUGCAACGAGGCCUGGAAGCGACCUUUGCCCGAUUUGCGCCGGCCCGCAGAUAUGGGACCGACAAAGAAUGGCAAUGACCUAGCUACGGGCAACAUGAGCAUCAUAGAGCAACUGCGAGCUCACGGACGAAACGCCGAGAUGGCGCAUGACAAGUGGAGGGAAAGACACUACCAUUGCGUGCCACGAGAGAGCCAUGAACCCUCUUCCAAGACCGAACAGGACGACUCUCGCAGUACCCGGAGCUCGAAUUCCAACGGCACCUCGAGAGAGGCCCGGCCUGCUCAGAAUGGCUCCAGUAAACGCGUACGAGAUGCCUCGUCCGAGGCUGAACAAGCGGCCAAGGUGCGGAAAGUCACAUCGGAGAGGGGCUAA